UGAGUCAAAGGGUAGAAAAAAAUCUUCUUAAAUACUACUUGCUAAUAUUCAGCACUUGCCAGUGAGAUACUUAAAUAUCAAUUAGUUAGAUUGACAGUUUAAAGUAUAGUUUGGAAUAGAAUAAUAUUUUUUUACAAUUCCAUAGUUCAAUGAAGUUAUUUUUUCUCCUCCUCUUAGGAGCUAUUGGGCUCUGUCAUGGAAAUUCAAUUUUUCGACCAAAAUCCGAAGAAGAAGCUGCUCAAUAUCUUCAAAAUAUCAACGUUGAACUAAAUAAGCAGACUAAUCUUGAUUCUGAAGCUAAUUGGGCCUACACUUCCAACAUUACCGAUGAAAAUGAACGAGUAAAAAAUGAACUAUCUGCCAAGACUGCAAAGUUUAAGAAACAAAUUGCUGAAGAUUUAAAACAGUAUGACUGGCAAAAUUUUCGAGAUUCUGAUUUGAAGAGACAAUUCAAAAAAUUGGGAAUGUUAGGUUAUGCAGCUUUGUCCGAAGAAGACUACGAUGAACUUUUGUCAACUUUGUCGAUGAUGGAUUCAAAUUAUGCUAAAGUAAGAGUUUGCAGCUAUAUCGAUAGAAUGAACUGUGAAAUGCAAUUGGAACCAGAAUUGACGGAAAUUUUGGCAACAAGUCGUGAUCCUGAAGAAUUGGCAUAUUACUGGAAGAUGUGGUAUGAUAAAGCUGGUACACCAACUAGAAAAAGUUUCGACAGAUAUGUUGAACUUAAUACAAAAGCUGCUGAAUUGAACAAUUUUACUUCCGGAGCUGAACUUUGGUUGGAUGCAUAUGAAGAUGAGACAAUUGAACAGCAAUUAGAAGACAUUUAUUCUGAAAUUCGUCCACUUUAUGAACAGAUUCAUGGUUAUGUUCGUUGGCGUUUGCGACAGGUCUAUGGCGAUAAAGUUGUUUCGGAGAAGGGGCCUAUUCCAAUGCAUUUGUUGGGGAAUAUGUGGGCUCAGAAGUGGGGUAAUAUUGCUGAUAUCACUGCACCAUUCCCUGCGAAGCCUUCCAUUGAUGUAACUGAUGAAAUGGUUCGUCAGGGAUAUGAUUCUAAGAAAAUGUUCCAAUUAGCUGAUGAAUUCUUUCAGUCUUUGAAUUUAAAGAAACUUCCAAAAGCAUUUUGGGAGAAAAGCAUAAUUGAAAAACCAACUGAUGGUCGUGAUUUGAUUUGUCAUGCAAGUGCUUGGGAUUUUUUCCUAAUCGACGAUGUUCGCAUCAAACAAUGUACUCGAGUUACACAGAAUCAAUUAACUACAGUUCAUCAUGAACAAGGACAUAUCCAGUAUUAUCUUCAAUAUCAACAUCUUCCUCAUGUGUACCGAACUGGUGCAAAUCCAGGCUUCCAUGAAGCUGUUGGUGAUGUUAUGGCUUUAUCGUUUUCAACACCAAAACAUUUGGAGAAAAUUGGUCUUCUCAAAGAUUAUAAAAAUGAUGAAGAAGCUCGUUUGAAUAAAAUGUUCUUGACAGCUUUGGACAAAAUUGUCUUCUUGCCAUUUGCAUUCACAAUGGACAAAUAUCGUUGGGCUCUAUUCCGGGGACAAGUCAAGAAUGGAAAUUGGAAUUGUGCCUUCUGGAAGUUAAGAGAAGAAUACUCUGGUAUUGAGCCUCCAAUUGUUAGAACUGAGAAGGAUUUCGAUGCUCCAGCUAAAUAUCAUGUUUCUGCGGAUGUAGAGUAUUUAAGAUACCUUGUUUCAUUUAUCAUUCAAUUUCAAUUCUACAAAUCAGCUUGUAUUAAAGCUGGUCAAUAUGAUCCCACAAAUCCUGAAUUGCCAUUGGAUAAUUGUGAUUUUUAUGGAAGUGCAGAAGCUGGCAAAGCUUUUGAAAAAAUGCUAUCAAUGGGAGCCUCUAAGCCAUGGCCUGAUGCAAUGGAAGCAUUUACUGGGGAACGAAAAAUGACUGGCAAAGCAAUAGCUGACUAUUUUGAACCAUUAAGAGUUUGGCUUGAAGCAGAAAAUAUUAAGAACAAAGUUCAUAUUGGUUGGAGUAAAUCUGAUAAAUGUCGAUCUUAAUUCGAAGAAUUUUUCUUUAACAAUAAAUAUUUGGUUUUUACCGAAAUGUU